CGCGGUCCAUGUCCUAUGAUGAACACACUCGCAAACCAUGGGUUUCUCCCACAUGAUGGCCGAAAUAUCACGAGACAAACUCUCAUGGAGGGUCUGCAUGAUGCUCUGAAUUUCGAUUUUUCGCUGUCCUCCCUGAUGUUUGAUAUGGGUGUUGUCGCCAACCCGAACCCCAACGCGUCAUACUUCACAUUGUGCGUAAAUUUCAUCUCAGAUCGUCUCAAUAAUCAGGACCAUCUUAACCGCCACAAUGUUUUGGAGCAUGAUGCCAGCUUGAGUCGGACCGAUGCAUUCUUCGGAAACAAUCACAUCUUCAAUAAAACCAUUUUCAACGAAACGAGGGCAUAUUGGACGUCGGAAAUUCUCACACCCGCCAUGUUGGCCAAUAGCAAAAUCGCCCGCCAAAUCAACUCAAAGGCUUACAACCCUAACUAUAAAUUUACCCCAAUGACUGAACAGUUCAGUCUUGGCGAGGUAGCUGCUCCGAUCAUUGUAUUUGGAAACUCUACAUCAGGGGAAGUCAACCGGACCCUGGUUGAAUACUUUUUCGAGAACGAGCGUCUUCCGAUCGAUCUGGGUUGGAAGAUAUCUUCAAAGAUCAUCACCCUCGACGACAUUUUGAGAGCCACCCAAAUGAUCAGAAAUGCCACGAAAUUGAUCACAUCCUCCCCAUCUCAACAUCGAGUUAGAACUGAAUUGUAA